AAAACAACCAUGGAUUGUUCUUGAACCCUUGACUUUCUCUCACUCUCACAUUAUUCCUGUCCUGUCGCUUUCCACAAUUCACUUCUAGGCCAUUUCUCCUUCCAAACCUUGCCGAACGGCCUUCGCAGCCAUCAUGGACGAGGUUAGCCCUCUCGCGGAGUUCCUGGGCCAGGCGAUCUACCAGUUCACCGCGAUCAAGCCUCUCCUGCCCACCUACGGACAUUUGCUCGUCUCCGCUCUUUUCCCGAUCUAUAUCGGCGCCCACGCUUCCCUCUCGAAACCGUCCUCCGCCGCAAAGCCACCGAAGGGAUCGCAGGAAGAUGGGUACGAGUCGGACAAUGAAGAGGAAGGCCCGGGGAACGAUCGCAAGAUGGAGGGCCUGGUGCCCAGCGAUGCGUUGAUGUUCCCUCUGACGGCCGGUCUCACCCUCGGUGGACUGUAUCUGGUGAUCAAAUACAUGGGCGCCGAGCUUCUCAAUAAGAUCCUCGGCUUCUACUUCUCGCAGAUGGGCAUUCUCUUCGCCGUGGCCUUUCUGAAGGACAGUCUUUCGGUUUUCCGGUCGUUUAUCUUCCCUCGCAAAUACAGCUCCUCCGGCAGAGCUUGGAAGCCGAAGCCUUCAGAGCGCAAGUUCGAGGGGGCUCGCGGAGAGGAUACGGAGUCCUUGGAAGUUCGCCAUUCUCCGCUGCCAGGCCUCUUGGGCGCGAUCCCCUUGCCGAACACGAUCCGCGCAGUGCUCUGGGCUUUGCGUGGCGUGGUAUAUUGGCGGGCUAGGCUCCGUGUCCAUGUGCAUCGUGUUGUCAGCGCCGAAUGCUGGCUUGGCGUGCUCGAUGUCCUCAGUAUCACUAUGGCUUUGCCUGCUAUCGGCUACUUCACCUUUGUGACCAAGCCAUGGUGGUUGACCAACUUCCUGGGCUUCAGCUUCUGCUACGGCACUCUGCAGUUCAUGUCCCCGUCUACCUUCGUCACGGGAUCUCUUAUCCUGGGAUCCUUGUUUUUCUACGACAUCUACUUUGUCUACUUUACCCCGUUGAUGGUGACCGUUGCGAAGAAAUUGGACGUCCCCAUCAAGCUGCUGUUCCCGCGCCCCGCGGGACCUGGAGAGGCGCCUGACACAAUCUCCUUGGCCAUGCUGGGCCUCGGUGACAUCAUCAUUCCCGGUAUGAUGAUAGGUCUGGCACUCCGGUUCGAUCUUUACCUCUACUACAAGCGUAAGGGUAUGCAGAAGGCACAGGCAGAGGGUAAUGGGUUGGACUUCGUCAAGCCUGUAUACCAGAUUGCGACAGGAGGAUGGGGAGAGCGCUUCUGGACCCGUUCUGUCACCCCCAAGACGCCGGAGGUGGAACCCCCGUACCACAACGCUCGAUCGUUCCCCAAGCCGUACUUCACGGCGAGUAUUAUUGGAUACGUUUUUGGGAUGAUCGCCACUCUUGUCGUGAUGCAGAUCUUUGACCACCCUCAGCCGGCCCUACUGUACCUGGUCCCUGGUGUUUUGAUUUCCCUGUGGGGAACUGCCCUGGUAAGGAGAGAACUCAAUGAGAUGUGGGAAUUCAGCGAUGCGGAAGAAGAGGAGGAGGAAGAUGAAAACGCGAGUGAGAAAAAAGACGACAAGAAGGAACCUACCGAACCCGCGAAGCAGGGCGGUUUCUUCUCCCGACUCUUUGGAAACGAGGCACCGUCCGAAACGUCCAAGAAGACCGAGGAGAGAAAGCCAGAGGCAUCAAGCAGCGGCGAGGAAUCUCAGGACCAGGAAACCGAAAAGAAGGACAGUGACGAGAAGAAGGACGAUGACAGCAAGAACUUCGAGCUGUUCACCAUCUCUCUAUACCAUCCUCGAAAGAGCGAUAGCGAGACCAGCCGGUCCCGCAGCCCGUCGGAGAACAGCAAGCCCACCGAGGACGAUGAAAACUGGUCCAUUGUCGGGGGCACCGAACGGGACGUUGAACCCCCAGCCAAAAGACUGCGCAGGAGUCCCAGACACGCAUCCGUGGACCCUAACUGAGCUCUCGCUGUUAUUCUUCUCGGUUUCAGCCCUCUAAGUCUACACAUCUGCUAGACACUACCGGAUAUUAUCUAUCCCCAUGGCAAGCGAAGCCUCAUGCAUGAUACACAAUAACGAAAGAAGUGAUGAUCUAGAGACUAGGUAGGUAGCAUGGUAUCAUUGAAUGUAACAUUAGCCCAUUGUUCAAAAUAGACAACAACAACAACACCAAUAUCAUAUC